CCUGCCUAUUGACAACUCGAACAAGUGUUUUGCAAAGCAAACUUUACAAAAGUUUGUGUAAAAUGUGAAUAAUUAUGUACAUUAGUUAGUAGAGUGAUGUAUUCUGAAUCAUUUCGAUCGUUGACAUAUUUGACUCCAAAGUAUUUAGGAAAAAUGAGCUUCAAGAUAGCGAGACAAAGUUUUAAGAAAUUUUCAACAGCAUGUAAGAAAGUUAGUCAAGUUUGCGUUGUUGGUGCGGGUCCAGCCGGAUUCUAUGCCGCAAUGCAACUAACCAAGAAACUGGGCAAUAUCAAUAUUGACAUCAUUGAGAAAUUACCGGUUCCUUUUGGCCUUAUCAGAUAUGGCGUUGCACCUGAUCACCCUGAAGUGAAAAAUGUUAUUAAUCAGUUCACCAAAGUGGCACAACAGCCCAAUGUAAACUUCUAUGGAAAUAUUGCUUUAGGAAAGGAUAUCACUUUGUCUCAAUUACGACAACACUAUGAUGCUGUGCUAUUGACAUAUGGUGCAGAAGAAGAUAAGCUGCUUGGAAUUGAAAAUGAAGAUGCUAAAAAUAUAGUUGCUGCAAGGAAAUUUGUAGGAUGGUACAAUGGACUUCCUGAUGCUAGAGAUUUUGAAGUUGAUCUGGGUGGAAAUACAGCUGCUGUGUUGGGGCAAGGAAAUGUUGCAUUAGACGUAGCUAGAAUAAUAUUGUCACCAAUUGAUGAACUAAGGAAAACAGAUAUACCUGAGCAUGUCCUCAGUGUUUUAGCCAAGUCUAAAAUCAAAGAACUGUAUUUAGUAGGCAGAAGAGGGCCCCUACAGGUAGCAUUUACUAUCAAGGAGCUGAGAGAACAGCUUAAAAUACCAUUUUGUCAAACUGUUUGGAGGAAAAAUGACUUUGAUGGUGUUUCAGAAGUAGCCAGUGCCUUAGCUCGGCCUAGAAAAAGGCUGACUGAACUCAUGCUGAAAUCAUUAAAUGAACACAGUGAAGAUAGCAAACCUGAAAAAUAUUUUAAACCAAUAUUCCAUAGAAGCCCAGAUAAAUUUAUAGUUGAUAGCAAAAACAAUGUGAUGGGUGUUCAACUCACAUGUAAUCAGAUGGCUGGCAGUCUUGACAAAGACCCAAAAUAUUUACCCACUGAUGAAAAAGAAAUCAUAAAUUGUAGUCUUGCAAUAAGAAGUAUUGGUUACAAAAGUGUUAAUGUUGAUAAAGACUUAAUCAUUGGAGAUAAUGGUUCAGUGCCCAAUGAUAAAGGUCGUAUAUUGGACCCUAGUAAUGAUUUAGCAAAGUUGUAUGUAGCUGGGUGGCUGGGCACUGGGCCUGUUGGUGUAAUACUACACACUAUGGGUAAUGCCUUCCAAGUAGCUAAAGCCAUUCAAGAAGACCUUGAAACAGGUCAGAGUACUGAAAACAAAGGAGGAUUUGCAGAAGUAAGAAAAGCUAUCAGUGACAAUUUAAAAAUAGUGGAUUGGAAAGGUUGGGAAAAUAUUGAUAAGUAUGAAAUAGAAAUGGGCAAGAAACUAGGAAAACCACGCGAAAAGAUUUGUUGUGUUUCCGAAAUGUUAGAGAAAGCAUUAUAAGUAAUUGAAUAAAAUUUUGUGUACAUGGAAUACAUGUUUGUACCUUAGGUACUUUAACUAGGCGAGAACAUUAAUAUUCCAAAAAAAGGAUGAUUUUAUAAGUAUUAAAGUUUAUCAAUUGAAUGUUGGGUAGGCAUAUACUUACCUAGUUACUUAAGUUUUAAAUUUUAUUAUGACAUAUUAAAAUUAUGUGAUUUAUAAAAGUUUU